AUGCCUCCACGAAUUCGCCUUUCAAGUGGCUGCAUCCCCCAGCCGCUCCGCCGGCAAAGGCUCCUCUGUCAACAUGAGCUGCCCAUUCUCACAAGAUACGCGAGUACCGCUGCGACAGCCACGACCCCCGCCGCGUCGCCUGAACAAAUGACACACUCCGCUGCCCCCGUUGCUAGAUUUCCUCCGUCUCAACCUCCCUCACAUCGCAAUCCCGAGUACCGUCGGUCUCAGCUUCUCCGACAAUAUACAUCGCUUAUCCGCACUACACCUCUUAUGGUGUUUCUGCAGCACGAUAACCUUCAGUCUGUGGAGUGGGCUGCCAUCCGACGAGAAUUGAGCAAGGCUUUACAGAAAGUGGACGAGCAGAUUGCCUCCGAGGGACGCUCCCUCCCUCCGCUUGCUCCUCACGUCAAGGUGCAAAUUGUUCAGACCAGUAUCUUUGAGGUUGCCCUCCGUAUCGUCGAGUAUUUCCGACCCAACGCCUCCACGAUCGAAGCCGGCCAGGCCCCCAGCGCUGUCGACCCCAUCACGCAAACGUCUGCCGAAGUCUCUCUCUCCGGAUCGAGGGAUGAUCCCACUCUGUCACACGACCUUUCCCGCGCGCUCAUGAUGCCGUCCGUCAUGUCUCCGGAACAUCUCAAAGCUGCGCUGACGGUCCUUGCUCCCAAGGCCGCUGGCUUCCCUGUUCCCACUCGCAAGGCCAACCCAGGAUGGCAUGAGCUGCCCGUUCAGAACGGUCUGAAUAAGCUGGCUCUUCUUGCCGCACGUGUGGACGGUAAGGUGUUCGAUGUCGACCAGACCAAGUGGGUUGGUAGCAUCGAGGGUGGUAUGGAUGGUCUGCGGUCACAGCUUGUUAUGGCCCUGCAAAGCAUGGCAUCUAGCGUUACCAACACUUUGGAGGGCGCUGGUAAGAGCCUGUACUUCACUCUUGAGAGCAGGAGGAGCGUCCUGGAGGAGGAGCAGAAGGGCCCGAGUGAUGAGAAGACCGAGGCUUAA